ACUUGCCAAGAUAACAUCAUAAUCCGCAUGGUAAAGUUUUGGAAGGGCAUAGGUCAUGGUAACAAUAUAAUAUAUUCUUUGGUAAGUGGGUUGUGAUUUUUUGCAUUCAAGCAACGACAGAAACCAAUUUCCCAAGAGAGUUGUGAUGAUGGAGUUACUGGGUUUUGUACCAAUUCUUCUCUUCACCUUCGCCUUUCUUCAAACUCUGAUUUUUAUUUUGAAGGGAAGCCAAAAAAGAAGAACGGGCAAACUUCCACCGGGUCCAGCACCCUUACCAAUCUUAGGUAACCUUUUGGAGCUUGGCGACCAACCUCACAAGUCCUUGGCCAAGCUUGCCAAGAUUCAUGGUCCGCUGAUGAGUCUAAAACUAGGCCAAGUAACUACAGUAGUCAUUUCUUCUGCAACACUAGCCAAGCAAGUUCUCCAAACACUUGAUCUCACUUUCUCUAACCGAAAUGUUGCUCAGGCAGUCCUAGCGCAUAAACACCACCAAGACUCGGUGGCUUGGCUACCUGUUGACGCUUCUUGGAGAAAUCUAAGAAAAAUUUGCAACUCUUACAUCUUUGCCAAUCAGAAACUUGAUGAUAACCAAGACCUCCGGCUCAAGAAAAUUCAAGAACUUCUUGCUGAUGUUCAAGAAAGUUGCCGUGUAGGUGCUGUAGUAGAUAUUGGCCAAAUAGCUUUCAAAGCUGCACUUAAUGUCCUGUCUACUAAUAUUUUUUCUCUGGAUUUGACUGAUUCAAGUUCGGAUACUGUACGGGAGUUCAAGGAGGUUAUAAGGUGCAUCAUGGAAGAGGUAGGAAAACCGAACUUGGCAGAUUAUUUCCCUGUGCUCAGAAGUAUUGACCCACAAGGUAUAAGGCGUCGCAUGACCAUUUAUUUCGGGAAGGUACUUGAUCUGUUCGAUCGUAUAAUUGAUCAACGGUUGCAAUUAAGGAAAAAGCAGGGCUAUAUCCCAGUAAACGACGUGCUUGAUAUUCUUAUCACCCUCAAUGAGCAGAACAAAGAAGAGAUUGAUAGAAACCGCAUGAAACAUUUGUUCUUGGACCUAUUUGCUGCUGGGACUGAUACAACUUCGAGCACAUUGGAGUGGGCAAUGACAGAACUUCUACGCAAUCCCAAGACUUUAAUGAAAGCCAAAGAGGAGCUUGAGCAGAUAAUUGGCAAAGGCAACUUGUUACAUGAAUCAGACAUUGCUAAGUUACCUUACCUGAAAGCAAUUAUCAAAGAAACUUUAAGAUUGCAUGCAGCAGCUCCCUUACUAGUCCCCCGCAAAGCAGGGGCAAAUGUAGAAAUUUGUGGCUUCACAGUGCCUAAAGAUGCUCAAGUGCUGGUAAAUGCAUGGGCCAUAGGUAGAGACCCAAGUCUAUGGGAGGAUCCAGAGUUGUUUCUGCCAGAGAGAUUCUUGGGGUCGGAUAUGGAUGUUCGAGGGCGUGACUUUGAGCUUAUCCCUUUUGGUGCUGGAAGGCGAAUUUGCCCUGGAUUGCCAUUGGCGAUCAGAAUGUUGCAUUUAAUGUUGGGGUCACUUAUUAAUUCCUUUGACUGGAAACUUGAAGAUGGGAUUACACCAGAGAGCAUGGACAUGGAAGAUAGGUUUGGCAUCACCUUGCAGAAGGCUCAACCUCUACGAGCAAUAGCUGUGCAACUGUAGAUGGAGCCCAUCACGUGAUACAACUAGUUAAUAGUUACCCGAUUUGAUGGAUUCAUAUAAUAAUUUAUCGGGUUUUGUAAUAAAUUUGAAUUUAGAAAUAAUAUUUAUAUAUGUGUUUGAUAUGC